AUGGGUCUGGGCGACCCUACGCCCAAACCUGCUGCGGUUACUCUCGCCGACGUCGCCGAGAGAAAAGCAGCCCUGGACGCCAUCAAUGCCAAGAAGCACGACAAGCCUCCUAACAAGGAUCAGGACAAACAAGAUUCGAGCAAGUCUGGCAACUCCAAUGACAGGUCCAAGAACAAACCCAAGAACAACAACGACAAGGGCUCCGGUAACGACAACAACAACAACAACAAGCAGCAGUAA